AUGGCAACCGUUUCCAAUGAUCGAAUUCCCACCAAUCUCCCGAUUCUUGAUUCGAAGAACUAUGAUAAAUGGGCGAAACAAAUGAAGGUCUUGUUUGGUUAUCAAGAGGUGCUUGAGAUCAUCGUCAAUGGAGUUACACAAUUAGGGGCAGAGGCUACUGACAUUCAAAGAGCUACACACAAAGAAGAGAAGAAGAAGGAUUACAAAGCCCUAUUCUUGAUUCAUUCGUGUGUUGAUAAUGCCAAUUUCGAGAAGGUCGGCGAUUGUGAAUCGGCGAAGCAAGCAUGGGAAAUCUUGGAGAAAGCAUAUGUCAAUGCCGUCAAAGCAAAGAAUGUUGUGUCGAAAGUAUUGUGUUCGUUAACAUCACGUUUCGAUAAUAUAGUUGUGGCUAUUGAAGAAUCAAAGGAUCUAACAACUUUGAGUAAGGAUAAAUUGCAAAGUUCGUUAGAGGCACAUGAACAAAGGAUGGAUGAGAGAGGUGCCGACAAAGCCAAAGCGGAGAUUGCUUUGCAAGCGCGUUUCAAUGAAAAGAAUAAGAGGUCGAAAGGAAAAUUUGCGGCGAGAGGUAAAUCAAAUUUUCAGAAUUUUGGUUCAAACGAUUUGCAAAAUUCAAAGCAUUCGACGAGUGAAAAGGGUGAAAGUAGCUCCAAGGAUAGUGGUCAUAGCAAUGGUUUUAAGAAGCGUGAUAUGAGUAAGAUGCAAUGCUACAAGUGUAGAAAGUUUGGACACUUUGCAAAUUCGUGUCGUGGUAAAUCGAAUGAGAAUUACAAUAAUGAAGCCAAGGUUGCUAGGGAAGAGGUAGAUGAUGAGGACACACUUCUAGUAAUGAUAACGGAGGAGAGUUAUGGCAUUACGGAUGUUCCGAGCAGCAACUACAGUAGUGACAGUUUACGGGACAGCAGCUGUACCGUUCCGGAAAAUAGCGAGAAAACGCAUUCGGAUCGAAGUGCAUUGGUUACCGUUCGUGAUGGAGUCAAAGGGAGAGAUGAGUGGUACUUGGAUUCCGGUUGUUCAACACAUAUGAUGGGUCGAAAAGAUUGGUUUGUGCAAAUCAAUCAAGCGACAAAAAGUAAAGUCAAAUUUGCCGACGACACCACUUUAAGCUCCAAAGGGGUAUGA